GAAUUUAACAGCAUCCAGACUCACUGAGAGCAGGAGAAGACUGAGCAGACAAGAGUUUGUUUCUUACCAACCUUGGAAGGAGAAACAGAAAGAUGAACACACCUGCAGCUAAACUACAGGAGAGCUACAAACAGGAGGGCUUCCUCUCAGCGCUGCCUGUGCUGAACGAGACAGAACUGAGGGAGGCCAGGGAGGCUUUCGCUAAGCUGGAGGAGGAAUUUGGCACAGAGUACACUCAGUACAGCCUCCACAAUGUUCAUCUUCAGUACCCCUGGGUGAGGAACCUGACCAAACACCCCCGUAUCCUGCAGGUGAUCCAAGCCAUCCUUGGCCCUGAUGUCAUUCUGCUGGACUCCAGAUUUAUCUGUAAAUACCCGACAGUGAAACCAGGUGAUGUCCAGGAGACUGAAGAUGACCAAGGCAAACCUGAUGAUGAUGGGCUCCCAUAUGUGGCCUGGCACCAGGAUAUGAAGUACUGGGGUAUUGCUGGUGGACCUGUUCUCUCUGUGUGGCUUGCUUUUGAUGAUUCACAAAAAGAAAAUGGAGCACUUCAGGUCAUCCCAGGAAGCCACUGCUCUGGCAUGUUGCCCCAUCGCCAGGCAACCCGUCCAGGAAACCUGCUGUCAGUAAACCAGGAGAUCCCAGAGGAGCUGGUGCAGGUGGAUGAUGCUGUGCUUUGUCCUCUGAAGGCUGGACAGAUGUCGAUACAUGACGGCCUUCUUGUCCAUGCAAGUGAUGCUAACACCUCCAAGAGGAGGCGCUGUGGCUUUGUGAUUCGUUAUAUUCCCACCUGUGCCUACCCCACAGAGGAUCCUGAUCGACCCAGGAAAUUUCACGCAACAGAGUUGGUCUGUGGGGUGGACCAGUUCCACCACUUCUCUAACAAAAGCUCAUGAAUGAUUAAUGGAGACUUAUUGCCAGAUAAAUUAAAUCAAUAGUGAAAAAAUACAGAAAUGUGAAUGAUUUGAUAUAGUUAAAUAUUUUUUCCUGCUGAAACCUUUAAGAAUAUUGUCAUUUUAAACUCUGAUUGCAUUGCUAAAGAUUCAUUUUCAUACUCUUCUUUCAAGUUAUGAUGAAAUCCUUUUUGGUUUUUUAAUGUUGCUUUAUUUGAAAAUAAAAACAGAAAACAUAGAAAACAUUUACCAUACCUUUCUUUUAACUCUUCGUUCCUGGACAAAUAUUGAUGCCCACCUUUAUAUCAAUAUUAUAUGAAUAUCAUCAUAAGGUGACUUUCCCAUUUCCAAAUAAAUAAAAUUUUAUUAUUGUAA